AUGAACCCAGCCUCAGUGACAGAAGAACAAAUAAAACUCCGAGCUUUUCCUUUCUCUCUAAAGGAUUCAGCAAAGGAGUGGUUGUAUUAUCUCCCCCCUGGUACUGUGGAGACCUGGAACACUAUGAAGACCUUGUUUUUGGAGCGGUAUUUUCCAGCGUCUAAAGUGGGGAGUAUAAGGAAAGAAAUUUGUGGCAUCAGGCAGGCUGUGGGAGAAUCACUCUAUGAUUACUGGGAGCGCUUUAAGCGGUUGUGUGCUAGUUGUCCUCACCAUCAGAUCAGUGAGCAACUAUUAAUUCAAUAUUUCUAUGAGGGAUUACUGCCGUUGGACAGGAGUAUGAUUGAUGCAGCCAGUGGGGGUGCACUAGUUGAUAAGACUCCUACUGCAGCCAGGAGCUUGAUUUCUAAUAUGGCUGCUAACUCACAACAGUUUGGCAUUCGUCAAGAUCCUGUUCCACCGCCUAAAUCAGCUAAUGAAGUGAGCACCCCUAAUGCUAAUCAGCUGGGUCAACAAUUGGCUCAAUUAACUGCCGUAGUACAACAACUAGCUCUAGGCCAACAGGUGCGGCCAUGUGGAAUUUGUCAGUUAGUAGGGCAUUCAACUGAUGCUUGUCCUACCCUUUUUGAAGUGUCAACUGAAGAAGCCAAUGCCAUUGGAGGAUUUCCAGGUCAACCUAGACUGAGGUACAACCCAUAUUCAAACACUUAUAAUGAAGGGUGGCGUGAUCAUCCUAACCUUCGUUAUGGUAAUCAACAAGCUGCGCAACCAGGGCCCAAUAUGCCACCAGGGUUUACCUAUCAACCGAGACCUCCACAGAAUUAUGCUCAUCGACCACCACCACCUGCUCCUACUCAGAGUCAAGGGUCCUCUAUUGAAGAUUUGAUCAAGGCUCUUGCAAGUAAUACUAUACAGUUCCAGCAGCAGACCCAGGCUUCAUUGAAGAAUUUAGAGAACACCAUGGGGCAGAUUGCAACAUCCUUGAGCAGGGGUGAGACGCAGAACACUGGCAAACUCCUUUCUCAGGCUGAAAAGAACCCUAGAGAGAAUGCUAGUGCAGUAACCUUGAGAAGUGGCACCUCUUAUGACCCACCUAAAGUACCAUCACCACCUCCUGUACCAAACACACCACCACCACCCACAAAUGACAAUGACCCACCUAUCACAGCAUCUUUACCUAAACCCACCGUGACCUCACAUAUCACCCCUCCACCAUUCCCUAGUAGAUUGCGAAAAUCCAAGAAAGAGGAAAGUGAAAAGGAAAUUCUAGAAACAUUCAGAAAGGUUGAGGUGAACAUUCCUUUGCUUGAUGCAAUCAAGCAAGUACCGCGGUAUGCAAAGUUUUUAAAGGAGUUGUGUACAAAUAAGCGGAAAUUGAAGGGUGAUGAAAAAAAACGGGGGUGA